AUGGAAAGAGCACAAGUAAAGGGUGUGGUGUUUAAUAGGGAGAAGUUGCAGUGUAAGUUCAAGUGUAAGGAAGUGAGUUUCUUUGGACACUCUUGGACACCACAGGGUAUGAAGCCUGAUAAUAAGAAAGUAUCAGCAAUCCUUGGUAUGAAGCCGCCGGAAGAUGCAAAAAGUCUACAGAGCUUUCUCGGUUUAGUAAGCUAUCUAACAAGGUACUCCGGACGUCUGGCUACCCUAUCAUCUCCACUUCGCGAUCUAACCAAGAAAGAUGUUGCGUAUUGUUGGGGGCCAGAGCAUACCCGCGCAUUUGAUGAAGUGAAGAAGGAAGUAUCCUCGCUGGGCGUACUCCGAUAUUUCGACCCUGAUGCAGAAACAACCAUUCGAACUGACGCAUCUCUCAAAGGCUUAGGCGCAGUGCUUCUACAAGGAGGUCAACCCGUGUGUUAUGCGUCUAAGGCUCUCACAGAAGCUGAGCAAAGGUACAGUAACAUUGAGCGUGAAGCACUUGUCGUUGUUUGGGGGCUAGAACGAUUUCAUUACUUUGUGUAUGGAAAGAAGUGUACUGUGCACACCGACCACAAGCCCUUGGAAACAAUCUUUAGGAAGAAAUUGAGUAGCUGCCCAUCCAGACUACAACGAUUCGUGUUAAGAGCACUCAAGUAUGACGUAACCGUGACGUAUGUGAAAGGUGAACAAGUACCUAUCGCUGAUGCCCUGUCCAGAGUAUCACCACAAGCUGAACCACUCAAAGGUCAACUUCCACAACUAGAUAUCCACCAGAUUACUAACACCCUUCCAGCUUCUCCUGUAAAGCUGCAGCAAAUUCGAAAUGAGACUGCAGAUGAUCCAGUUUUGAAUAAACUACGCGAGGUAGUUUACCAAGGAUGGCCAGCCACGAGAGAACGGUGCCCUCAAUUGCUCCACGAUUAUUGGAACUUUAGGGAAGAACUUACAAUUGAGGAUGGCCUCAUCCUAAAGCAAGAGCGCAUAGUUAUGCCGCCAAAUCUUAGAGAAGAAGUCCUUACAAGUCCGAUACAUGAAGGGCAUCUAGGACAAGAGAAAUGUCUGCUCCAAGCAAGAUCUGCGGUGUUUUGGCCUGGAAUUACGAAGGACAUAAUCAAAGUUGUUGAAAGUUGUGAUGCAUGUCAAAAGCAUCAACGUAAGCAGCAAAAACAGCAUCUACUUCAACCUGAACCACCUU